AGAAAGAGGUUAACACACAAUGAGUGCAUCGACGGUAAGACGACGAUAACAAUAAUCUAGGUUACUUCAUGAAAAGGUGGAGUAGGAGAUUGGUUUGUGUGACACUAGAUGUCGCAGAAACUCAACAAGAAUCACGAAAAGGCCUAUGUAAAUCGUAAAAAUUAUCAUUCGUUAAAUGUACAGGCUAUAUGCGAUGCAAAUCAUCGAUUUCUUAGCGUCUGUGCGAAUAAACCAGGAUCUUGCCAUGAUUCAUCUAUUUUCAAAGGCAGCCUCGUUUAUAAAUGUUUCAUUAAUGGCGAAUUUAAAGAGGGAUUUUUGUUAGGUGACAGCGGGUAUGCAAAUACUAAUUUUCUUAUCACUCCUUAUGCAGAGCCCGUCACACAGCCUGAAAUACGAUUCAACAACUCACAUAAGUCUACCAGAUGUACAAUCGAAAGGUCUUUCGGUCUCCUAAAGAAAAGAUUUUACGUCUUACAUAGUGAGAUAAGGAUGUCACCGACGAAAGCAUCUUGGAUUACGGUAGCCUGUUGUCUUCUGCAUAAUAUUGCAAUCGAUCGGAAAAUGCCGCUAGACGAGGACAGCAUAGAGUUAGACAUCGAUAAUGUAGAUAACACUGUAUCCAACCACAAGAAUCAAAACAAGUCCGAUAAUGAUUUGCGGCAGUUGGGCGCUGCAAAAAGGAGACGCAUAACGGAAAAUGUUUUCCUUUAUAAAGGUGUAGGGUAA